AUGCCGCUCUGCUGCGCCGCCGAUAGCCCCUCUUCCGAGCCGGCGCGUGGCGGCGAGCCGCGGCCAGUAUCGCUGGCCUACGCUGCGCCGCCCAAGCCCUACUGCCGAUCCAGCGCCUGGCGUUUGGGGCGAGCCGCGGUCGUCGUCGCUGAUGGUGGCGCGCCCACCGCGGCACGGCCGUGGCUGCGCAUACACCUUACGCCCUUUCUCCUCAACGGCUAUCCGUGCUUGCUGUGCCCCUGCGUGGUGUGUUUCAAGUUCUUACAACCCAAGGUGAUAGAGGGCAAAAAGAUCGAUUGCGCUCUUGCCGAUCCGCACCUACCUAGGCUCUUGGGUGGCGCGCCCCAGCUCUUCACAACGAACCUGGUCGUCGAGGCCUUCACCUGCGACAGGCGAGUCGACGCGCGCGACCACAACGCGCUCGAUGGCCUGCCAUUCUACGCAGAGAAGGUAAGCCCACCGCCUGCCGCCGAGCCGUCUGCCACCGCUGUGCCUGGCAAAUAG